UUGAGAGUUAGUUUGUCCCGGAAUUCGGAGCGCAGCACAGUCUCGGCAGUCGCAUGGAGCCCAGCGCCCGAAGCUGUUUGCACGGAGGACGAGAGACUCUAAUGAAUCUCAACAUACACAGCACCACCGGGACCCGUUAUGAGCUGGCUGUGCCGUCAGAAGAAACUGUGGACGGGCUGAAGAGACGAAUCUCUCAGCGGCUCAAAGUGCCCAAGGAGCGGCUUACCCUGCUGUACCGAGAGACGCGUCUGAGCUCUGGAAAGCUGCAGGAUUUGGGGGUGUCGGAUGGCAGUAAACUCACUCUUUUACCCAGUGUGGAAGCUGGACUCAUGUCUCAGAUGUCCCGCCCGGAGCAAUCGGUAAUGCAGGCCCUGGAGAGUCUGACAGAGACUCAGGUGAACGAUUUCCUCUCUGGUCGCUCUCCGCUUACAUUAGCUCUACGUGUUGGGGACCACAUGAUGUUUGUGCAGCUUCAGUUAGCAGCCCAACAGGCAGGGGGUCCUCACCUUCAGCACCGCCACCUGAUUACUAGGGGGACAGAACAUAGUGCUUCAUCACAGUUUCGUACCGUACAUACAAGUACCACUCCUGCUGUUUCUCGUCUAGCUGGCUGCGCUCAGAGGUCUGCUCCUCCUUCAACACCAGCUUCCUCUACCCACUGCGAUACCUCCCAUUCUUCCCCACUCAGUCCCACUGUCUUCCACUCUCCAAGUGAGGGUGUGGCCACGUCGUCAUCCUGUGCAGAGGAGUUACCGUGCAGUAGUAGCAAGAGUGGUGAGGGGGUAAACUCUUCCUCAUCCAACCGAUCCCGGAAACCUGGGGCUAUUAUUGAGAGCUUUGUCAAUCAUGCUCCUGGUGUUUUCUCAGGAACCUUUUCUGGCACUUUGCAUCCUCACUGCCAAGAUAGUGCGGGUCGUCCACGUCGAGACAUUGGGACCAUCCUUCAGAUCCUCAAUGAUCUACUGAGUGCCACACGCCACUACCAAGGCAUGCCACCAUCUCUUACCACUCUUCGCUGCCAUGCCCAGUGUUCCUCCCAGGCUAAAAAUGCCAAGACUACCUCACCCCAAAGCACAGAAUCCCAGCAGACUGCGCACACAGCAGGUCCCUGCCAGGCCCAAAGCCGUCUGUCCAAACCUAAUGGGGAUCGUCUACGUCAAACAGAAAACAGGGCAACACGCUGCAAGGUGGAACGCUUGCAGCUACUCAUGCAUCAAAAACGGUUACGUCGGAAGGCGCGAAGAGACUCCAGAGCUCCAUAUCACUGGUUGCCCACCCGGAAAUCCAGUCGGACCAGCAGUAACAGCAGCACAUCCAGUGGGGAUGGCAGCCUGGAAAUGGACUUUGAUGACUCCCUCUGGAAACCAGAUGUUAAGACCGAACUAAACUCGGAAUUUGUUGUGGCGUGAGAUGGGAUGCCUCUUUUUAUUAUUUGUUUGCUCUAGGGAGGUGCUGCUUGCAAGACUUCAGACAGACCAGGGGACAGAGAAGAAACUCCAUUUUUAUAAUUAAGGAAGAUGUUUCUGGUUGACAGAAAAAAAAAAUUAAAAUGGGGAAAAAUGUAACUUUUUGUGGACUUGAAUUCCAAUAACAUUUUCUGCCUUAAACGCUGGGAUUUGGAGCGUUGCAGGACUGCUGUGUAUUUCUGUCAUGGAAUGUGAAGGCAAUAAGACAUUCUGGUACUCCUAGAGCUGAAAAGACUUCCACUCCUGGAGUGGCUUCAUCACAUGGCAGUUAUACGCGGAAGGGAACAUAUAGAACCUGGCUGGAUGUUAAAGAACCCACAUGCUUUGGGUCAAAACUUCCAGCAUGCUGCUGUUAAGGACACUUUUGCCUCCUGGGAACCUAGUGCUUGGAGAAGAGGUGGACACCAGGGACUCAUCUGUUAUACCUCCCUCUCCUAUCAUUGUAGCAUUGUACAUGUAAUCUGCUCUGGGCCCCUGGCCUUCCUGAGACUGGCCCUGGGGUGGGCCGCUGUGCAUGCUGUGACCUUACCCCCUCGGAAAUUGUAUGGUGACUUGAGGGUGCUAUGUCCAAGCUACGUUUUUAUCCUAUUUACCUCAUACCUUGGAUAAUUUUUUUUUUUUUUUUUUUUUUUUAUAUAUAUUGGUUCUUCCCCCCCCCCCCCCUCCUCAAAUCAACAGUUUAGAUUUUUUUUUUUUUUCCUUCAAUCAACAGGAAUGACUUAUAAAUGCAGUAUUUGGUACAGACGCACAAAUUAUUUGUCUCUCCUAUCCUCUGCUUCCUGUCUCUCUCUCUCUCUCUCUCUCUCUCUCUCUCUCUCUCUUCUCCCUCUGUCACCAGGCCCUUGUCCCAGCUGUGACGUGUUCAGUCUUUCUCUGCAUGUGUGAAUCGUGUUUCCUGGCAGCCUGUGCGUGAGAAAUGCUCGUAUUUUUUUUUUUUUUUUUUUCUGUCUUGUUGGUGUUGCAGGAAGAGGUGCAAUUUGGGGACCUGGACACUGGAAUCUUCCCAAAUAUUUUUUUAUUAAAAAAAAAACAAACAAAAACCCUCUCUUUGGGUGGUUGGUUAUGUUUUUGGCUUCAUUUUUUGGAUGUUUGAACUGUUGAGCUUUUGUCUCAUUUAUUCUUGCGACUAACUGUAGUUUCACAUUUUUCACCCUUUGUAGGGUGAUGCUUCCUUAUUUCCAAGAGCCUACUAAUCCGAGCUAAAGCUAAUAUUUUUUUAAGUUAUUGUUCACCUCCAUGCUCACUGUAACUGUAUGCUUGUUUGUUUUUAGCUAAUUUUUACAUUUUCACGGUGUAGAUGUACCACUUUAGUAAUCCUUCUUUGUACUGCUUACAUAUAUUUUUGUAGGUCUCUUGAAUGAACUGAAUCCUGUGAGCUAGAUUCCAUUUUUUUUUUCUCUCUCAUUUUUGUAUACUCUGCUCACUGAUUGGUUUGCUGCUUUUCUUGUGAUUGUGUGGUGAGGGAGAGAUUGUGUCUUGAAUCAUGUGUUCUGUACCAUGAGUAGCCAGAAAUGGGGGGGGGGGGGGGGUUAAAAAUACAUUUAAAAACAAAAAAAACAAAAAUUUUAAAUUAAAGAAAAUAUUUCCUCCAAAUAAAAAUAAUGUAGCAGGAUUGUGUUGUUGGCAUUUCUCUAGUUAUUGAGAACGUUGAAUUAUGACUGACUGGAAAUAUUGAACCACUUAUGUAAUUUCUGUGUUCUUGCCUUGAAAGUACAUUUUUAUUUUUAGCCAUUUAAUUACCUAGGAGUCCUUAAUGUGCUAUCCUAUAGAAUCUCAGGGUUUAAUUAUCUUCCCCAACUUUUGGCUAUACUGCUUCUUUCGUCUCUGAACAUUUUCUACCAUAUCUUCAGUGCUUGAGAAUGUAGUCUAUCCUAAAACUUCAUUUAGAACAGCACAGGAUAUCUUUUCUACAAAUUCUCCUUCAUUAGCUCGUCUUUAUCAAAGUAGUUUUCAUGUAGAUGUUCUAUUAGAACUAUAACUAUUUUGUAAAUCAGCCUAUUUAUUUAGACACCCCAAAUGUAUACUAUUUAGCACUUUGAUAUGCAUAAUAUGGACACACCUAUGGUGAGUGUUAUUUGUUGUUUUUAAGAACAAGUAGAGAAACUAUAUGUGAAAAAGGUGACCUUGAAUGGUUGACAAAUGCAAAAAUACAGAAUUUACUGUAA